AUAGAUAGAUAGAUAGAUAGGUGACAGUUUAAAUCAUCUUGAGAUGAGGUGCCAAUUGCUCACGACUGCUCCAAUUGCCCACCCCAGUUCAAAGAUUUCGGUUAUGGGACGGCAUGGGGGCGCAGCGGUUAACUCGUCUGCCUCACCAUUCCACAGUCCCACUCUUAGUCGGUGUCUUUUUGGUUUUUGCUUGCUCCCACAUUUUUCUGUAUACUUCGCUUUCGCUCCACAUGCAAAAACAUAUAUGUCGGUUAAUUACAUGCAUUAUAAUUCUAGUACUUUUAUUAUUUAAGGUGAAGGUAAUUCGUCUUUCCAAAUGUUACUGUAAAAUAAAGCCCGAGGCUGAAAUUGGCUGCUUAUUCGCCUACUGCGUUUUUCGGACUGUCGGUUCCUCCUUAAAAUCUGCUUUAAUGUUGCGCAUAUCAUUAAGCUCCCAACUUGCUACUGAAUUCGCAGAGGUAAUGGAGGCCGCAUGAAAGAAAUUGUAACGUGAUAAGAAAAGCAAGAAAAUCUAAAUCAGAAGAAUAUGGCGGGUGUGCGCAUUUCCCUCUGUCGGCUCUCGUUUCUCGAAUGGCACUCGGUAUCGUUGAGAUGGAGCCGGUCGGUCCAAACACUUCAACGAUUAAAGAUGGCCAAAAGAUUCAGAGUCAGUUCGGCGGUCACCCGGCUGGCUGCUUCUCCACAUUUCGUCCACACGCCGGCAUUUCGCACAUCUGUCUCACAUUUUACGUGGCUGCCUGUAAAGACGCGGACUGGAGCUCCACAUUGAAAUUUCAAUCUCAGACUUACAUUAUUCAAUUUGCCGCUUUAGAUCGCUAAUUAAUCAUUACACAGCAUGUCUCGUUCAUCGCCAUCAUACUUUAUAAAUAAUACUGACUUUCUAUUCAAAAAAAGAAAAGCGUCUUGCAUAAGAUGGGAAAUAAAAUGAUUAACUGAAAUUGGUAAGAAGCCGUCAUUCAAGGCGCCGUGCUAAUUCUUAAACAUGACCGUUUAAUACCUCCAGAUCGCUGCCGUUCUCCAGCACCACUCGCGGCUGCGGGCUGAGGGUCUCGCACUCACUGUGUUACUCCACUUCUGCAGCUGAGCUUCAAGCCCAAUGACGUCAUUCCGAGCCGAAACAAAGCGCUGCUGUCUUUCAGCACCAGACUGGCACUCUCUCAAUGGACAGCUCCGUGGCAAACUAGCGGAUGAAAUCAGGAUAUCGUGAACGACGAGGCAGGCGACAAAGUGGCCGUCGCGUGAUCUCUAAGACAUUUCAGGAGCUGGCCUUUGUACAUGCAGUAGGAAUAUGCAAAUGGGGAACAAAACCGUCAUCUGUGCCCUAAUGAACACCCGCGACACGGCAAACUUUGCAUUAAGCACCGCGAAACUAAAGUCCAUGGGAUGGUGGUGGUCUCAUUAAGGCGUCUGCGGCUUCAAAUGGGAUAGCGCAUCAGGUAAUUAAGAAUGGCAUUGUUAUUGUGCGUGCUUUUCAGAUGGACACAAAAGUGGCGCGGCAUUGAUCGUGGAACCUCAAGGUUUCAUAUGAAGCUCUAAUUUAAUUAAGGAUUAUUUCCGUAAACAGAGCAGAGGCUGGAGCAGCAGGACAUCCACUGCACAAAAUCACUCAUCGAGCUUCUCGUCUUCCUCUCGCUUGCGCACUCUAGGCGUUGGAAAGAUGAGCCUGUCAUUCGAAAAGCCCCGUUUAGGGGCAACGCGAAAAGGUUCAAUGGAGCAAUUCCUUCAAUGAUGUUCAUUUGCUGUAUCCCGGACCGGAUUACGAGGUUAUGUCAAAGUAGAUAAUUGCACAUUAAAAUCUGAACACUUCGGAAGGUCAAGAAACAACGUAAACAUAAGUAUGGACAGGCAAAUAGACACGUUACAGAAAAUGAAAUCAUCUGAAGUGUUAGAAAUCAGCGGGCGAAAGAUCGACAGGAAUUAAAACUCAGCCGCAGAAUAACACAGCGGAGCGGUUAACAAUUCCCUGGAAUUACAGUGUGGGCACAUUGCACGGAUCGCGUUACUGGCGUGCUCAGAAUCCCUCGGUUCCCUUUCAUUUCGAUCUCCAUCAUGGAUCCGGCUCAGGAGUAUUCCCGCUUCCUGGUGAAGAUCCUGGAGGAGUUGGACACCAAGCACAGCAGCGUGUCCUACCAGGACCUGUGCAAAUCGCUCUGCUCCCGGUUCGACUUGGCCCACUUGGCCAAACUGAGGAGUCUUCUCUUCUACACGGCCUGCUUGGAUCCCAGCUUCCCGGCCACUUUGUUCAAAGAUAAGAUGAGAUGUUCGGCCGACAGCCAGCAAUCCAAGAAGAUAAUGGUGGCCGCGGACAUAGUCACGAUGUUCAAUUUGAUUCAGAUGAAUGGCGGAGCAGCCAAGGAGAAGUUACCUCUGGGACGACGGCAUAAAUUUCACAAAAACCAGUCCUUCGAGUCUUGUCGCUCUGACACGGAAGUGUGCAAGUUCUCUGACUGUGUGGCAAACUGUGACUUCUUAGAUGUCAGGGGGCACAUCCCCUCAUCCCGUAUGUCCCCCUGUGCGAAGUCCGACUGCACGGAUUCUCCCCAAUUCAUUCCCGCCACCGACCCUAAUUUCCUUCUGGGCGUUAACAAGGAAAUGAAAAGUCGUGCGGCCUCCCUGGACCGGCUCCAGAUGCUCCCGCAGUUCUCGGAUGACAGCCCUCCUCCAUGUGAAAUGCAGAGCACAUACUUCCCCAUGGACAUCGACAGCGAGUCGACGACGUAUGACGAGUCACUGCCCAUGAACCCAGGGAUUAAAGAGACCUUCAUCUCGAAUAUCGAACCGUUUCCAGUCCACUCGUGUACUCAGAAACGAAAUAUUUUUAAAGAGGAUUUCCAUAACCUCCCAGCGUUUGCCACACACGUAAUUUCCGUGGAGUCAAAGCCGGACGACAAGGUGUGCAGCGGACACGGCCGAAAAGAUCCCCACAAAUCCACGACUUUCUUCAACCACAGUUUUGAACUGCCAUACAGUAAUCCGUACUUUGAGCCUGUAGCAUCUCCUGUCCAAGACAAACGGCGCGUGAAACACGAGAGUCUGGAUGAUCUCCAGGCAUCGACUUACUUUGGGCCCACCACCGUGACGGAGGUGUCAAACCCGAGGCGCUCAUCGGGAAAACUGAACAAGCAGACCGCCUGGCCGGUGAAGAGUCUGAGCCUCAACGCGGAAGAAGGGCCCGAUUUCGAGCGGUCAUUUCUCAACGGGAAUCUGUCCAAGGAGUGCCAUCGCUCCAAUGUGAGCGGCGUGGAGAAAUUCCAGGCCUAUCAGUGCUCCAAGGACCACGCCGCCAUCUCCCCGUCAGGCUUCGGUUUAAAAAUGAACUGUCAGAAGACCAAAGAAGCCAUCUGCAUCCCCGUCGGCCCAGCGGUCGAGAAAAGAGAAGGCCCGAAACGCUACAAGGAUAAAAGUAUCAACUGCACGUCUUUUCAGGCGGUAAGCAUCGAUAACACCUCGAGCGUGGGAACCCAGACAGAUCAGUCGGAGCCGAAAAAGGUGAAGGAAAGCUUCGGCGGAAACCACAUGAAAUACGGGGAAAGACACCCCUUCAAACAUUCAGACGAGGACUCAGAAGUGGUCAGCGACGACAUUAGCGACAUUUUCCGGUUUCUGGACGACAUGAGUAUCUGCGACUCCAGCGGAGUCAUCCAGUCUUCCCGCUACAACAGCAAUGGUUCCCUCUCCCAGGUAAUGAAGUCGGAUGGCGACAGUUCACCGGAGCGAAAAUCCGUCAUACAUGGCAAGGCAGGCAGCAAAGCAGGCAGCAAGGCAGACAAAGCGUUUCAUUCACAAGAGAGCCCCGACGAUGAGCUGAAAGCCAGCGUCUGCAAAUUGGUCCUGCGCAUCGGUGAGAUCGAGAAGAAGCUGGAGACCCUCUCGGGCGUGCGGAACGAAAUCUCCCAAGUCCUCUCCAAGCUGACCAAGCUGGACGAGAAGAUCCAACAGCCGGAAGCGAACAGCAGGCAAAGCCAGAUAGACCUGGCCAGCGAGGAGCCUUCAGAUAACAGCGUGUCACCGAGGAUCUUUCAGUGCCACACCACGGGCCACGCCACCAAGCUGGAGAACAACUCUGAGUGGUGCUGCUCGGACGCCAGUGGCAGCAACAGCGAAAGUUUAAGGGUCAAAGCUUUAAAAAAGAAUUUAUUUACAAGGAGGUCCUCGAGGUCCCUGACGGAGGAGAACAGCGCCACUGAGUCCAAAAUUGCCAGCAUCUCGAACUCGCCAAGGGACUGGAAGUCUGCCCCCUAUGGACAGACUGGGGACGACAUGAAGGAUAAGGAAAGGGAAAGCAAAGACUGGCACCGGAAAUCCAAAGAGACUGACCGGCAGUAUGAAAUUCCACAAGUGCAUAGGACUCCAAAGCCAUCGAAAGACACCUACUUGAUAGAGCAGGUCUUCAGUCCUCAGCCAUUCCCCUCCAAAUCCCAUAUGAAGGGAAACCCACUCUACACGGAUAUGAGGCUCACAGAAAUGUCGGAGACAAAGCGACCUCAGCCAUCGUGGACCAUAGAGGAAUAUAAAAGAAACUCAGGCGACAAGGGGAAGCUAGCAGCGCUGGAUCUGCAGACUCAAGAAUCACUCAAUCCAAACAAUCUGGAAUAUUGGAUGGAGGACAUUUACACACCGGGAUACGAUUCUCUACUCAAGCGGAAGGAAGCCGAAUUCCGCAGAGCGAAGGUUUGCAAAAUCGCUGCCCUGAUUGCCGCAGCUGCCUGUACAGUCAUCCUGGUUAUCGUCGUCCCGAUUUGCACUAUGAAAUCAUAAAAUGCGAGACCCCCCCCUUCCUACCUCCCACUCUCCACCUAUCUACCCCCCUCCACCACCAUGUUGUAUUAUAUACAACUGAACUGUAGUCCGAAGCGUAACGUCUGCAUCUUUAAAUUGUAAAGAAAAUUGGGUUGACAAGAGAAGCGUGUCAAGAUUUUUGUAAACCACGAAUCUCAAAAAGCCUCACAAAGAAUGUAAGGAUUUGGGGGUCUCUUUUACAUUUGGGGAAUGUAUUUCAGGAACCGUGUUUUUACAUUUAUAUUUUUGUAUCACUCAAUUCGAUGUUUUGUAUUACCUUAAAGGAUGUCAGUUAUUACUCUGGUGCAAAGCUACGUGACAAACGCAAAUCGACUAAUCAUGAAAAAAAAAUGAGAAAACCGAGAGGGACAAAGCCGAACGUAACAAAAUGUCGUGAAAUCGCAUCUCAGACAGGUGGCAGACGUUUUGUUGAUUUGUUCGUCUCUAACUUCAUGAACCGGGCAGACUAAACAGACAAAUUGACAUUUUGGGGCUCUGGGGUCUGCGAACGUUAGGUGGGCUUGGAUUGACGAGCCAUGUUGGUGUCUUCUCAUCGAAAACUCUUCUCACACUUCUCACUCUUCGCACCUUCACAUCCAUGCAGCUAGCCAAGUGGAAUGUAACCAAGCGUUGGCCUACAUCUCGUUCUCGUCCUCUUAACUCCGCGUUCAAGGGCUGUAGCAGUAGGGUUAGGUGGGGGCGAUUAGAAUUUAUUUCUUCUGUUGGGUGUGCCUUAAACAUAUCUGCCCAUAGCUCAUCACGUCAUAAUGGACCCUUGCUUCUCCCUCCUUUUGCAAAAGACUCCCUCUUUACAAAAAACGUUUCCUAAAGCGUUCCCUCCAUCCAUCUUUUACCCGGUUUCUGAUGAUUCCCACUUCCUGCGUGAAAUGGCGUCAAGAUCCAGAAAUACCUCAAAAGUCGAAGAUCUACAAAUCAAUCAUUUGACCGGUGCUGGCCAGGUGCCACCUCUUUGUGAUGGAGAUGUGGAUCCUUGGCCUCACCCAGGUCAACCAUGUCAGGAACAAAGAUCACAUGUGGUGCGUGGAGCCCGACUUCGAUAGUAUGGUCACGUAGUCCGGAGUGACGACAACUCAGUGGCUAAGACAACCCUACGAUUAGGCCUGCGUGGCAAACGGCUUCGUGGAAGACUUGACCGAAUCAAGGAGGACAGGCGACAAGUUGAUGUCGCCUCUGAAGAUCCUCUUAAUUGAAACAAAUGGCGAUUGACCUGUGUCGUUGCACAAACGUGGGAUAAAUCUAAGAGGAAGGAAAAGAUGAUCUGCUUACACCUCCACUCAAGUUACAUUACAUGUGCAUGGUACUUACCCGGUAAUAAACGUCUACUUACAGCACAUUCAAGUUGGUACCAAUGUCUACCUACUGAUACCUUUACUCGAGUGACAUUGCUGUUAAUGAGUAAUUUGGACUUGCUACCGUGUAGUUAGACUCUAACCACUGCUGUGCGCUUAAUUACAGCGUCACUACCCCAUAAUAAUACCUAGUUACAGUGUAGUUAGACAAGCAGACACUGGUACCCGCUUAAACCGAUGUCGCAUUACCCGACUUCUAUGUCAGAUUCGCCGACUGCAGUCGCUGAUCUCGUCGCUGAUUCGUGUCAGUUUAAAUGACUGAUGAUCACUGCCCAGGCUGAUGGUCCAGCCCAGUUGCGCCCGCCCCUUUUUGUGAUGGCCAAUAGCGUGUCGCAUCACGGAGCCAGUGAGCUGUAUGAAGAGCUCUGUGAAGUUAGACUUGUGUCACGGCGGCGUACUUAGUGACACCAUCAUCAUCAUUAUCAUCAUCAUCUUCAUCCUCAUGAAGUGGCAGACUUUGUGUGGUCGAGAACAAGUCUGUGCCACCUCUGCAGGUCUUUAAUGAGCUGCGCUGUAGGUAGGUUAGUAAAUGCUGCUAUCUACUGACCUGUAGUGUUACUCGAGUUACACUCAAAUUAGCCAAUAAGAAUGCCUCGUGGAGGUGUAACUAAGCUGGUAAUUACUGUAAUCUCCUACCAUUACUCGUUAUGCUGUAAUUACAUAGUAAUGAUGCCUUGUCACACUGAUAUUAAGCAGGUAAUUACUGCCACACUGGAAAUACCCAAUAAUAAUGCCUACUUAGAAUGUAAUUCAGCUAGUCAUUAUUAUUAGCUACUUACCUACACUGUUACACUUUAUACUGUAAUUACAAAGUAACUUUGCCUAAUCACACUGCUUGUUGAGCUGCUGAUUUGCUGUUGUCUCCUUAUCUUCACCUUUAAUUGAGUUAAGCUGUAAUUACCCCAUUUUGUCCUUGCUGGGCUGUGUUACUGGGUAGUUAGGCUGCUGUCCUUCCUCUGUAGUUAGCUACAGCGUAACUUGAGUAACACUUUAAUUAUCCAUUAAUAAUGCCUAGUUAGGGUGUAGAUCAAUUAAGGGUGCAGUGGAGGCUCUGAGGCUAAGGACCUGCGCUGUUAUCCAGAAGACAACCGGUCCAAAUCCCUGUUACUGUCAAUGGAGAUCCUACUCUGUUGGGCCUUUGAGCAAGACCUUUAACCUGUGAUUGGCUGACCCUGUGCCCUGACCCCAAGGGCUAUGGGAAAACUAACACAUUCCUAAUACAAGAAAUUGUAUAAUGAACAAAACAACUAGUAAUUGCUAUUAUCAACCUACCGACGCUGUUACUUGUUAUACUGUAAUUACAUAGUAAUGAGGCCAAGUUACACUGCAGCACUCACUGACGCCUGUUCUUCUGCCCCAGUUAUUUUCUACUCUGUAGUUACACUUAUACUGUGAUUUCUUUGGCAAUUACAGCCAUCUACUUCCCUACACAGUUACUUGCCACACUGUAAUAACACUGUAAUAAAACUGUAAUAACAUUGUAAUACACCAGAGGUAACAAGGUAAUUCCUGUUGUCUACCUACCUACACCUUUCAUUGAGUGACACUGAACUUUCCCAGUAACAAAUGCCUGGUUACAUUUAAGCUGCUAAUUACCAAUGUCUGCCUACUGGUGGAAAGGCACUAUAUAAAUAAAAUAGAUUAUUAUUAUUAUUAUUUUCUCAAGUGACAAUGUGAUUUCUCAGUAAUUAGGAUAGGUUAACAGGGGUCUUGUUCAGAAAAUGGACGCCACUUGUUUUAGACUGGUCUACCCCUACUACAAAACCCUGAACUUAAGGUUUGUGGGGGUACGGCCAGGUACAGCAGGGUCCCUAAUCAUAAAAAUUUAGAGUAGGCGCCUAAUCUUAAAAUAGUGGAAGUUUGCCUAAUCUUAAAAAGAAGUGUCGUCCGCUUUUGGUGUCCGCUUUCUGAACAAGACCCACUAACAGUACAGUUAAGCUGCUAAAUACCAAUAUCUGCCUACUGAUGGAAAGGCGCUGUAUAAAUAAAAUGCAUUAUUAUUAUAAUUUGCUCAAGUGACAGUGUGAUUACUCAAUAAUUAGGACGGACUGUCAUGACUGUUGUGUAUUUUCAUUACUCGAGUUACACUCUGAGAACCCUAGUGACAGGACAGUCUAGUUCAGCUAGUAAUUACCUACACCAUUACUCGUUACGCUGUAAUUACAUAGUAAUUAUGCCUAAUUACACUGCUGUUAAGCUGAUUGCUAUUUACAGUAUGCCUGGCUGGGCCUUGUUACUCAGUAGUUGGACUGCUGUGCUUUCUCUGUAGUUGAGUUAAAAUUUAACUGCUCAAUAAUAAUGCUAAGUUACAGUAUAGCUCAACUAGUAAUUACAGCUAUCUGCUUACCUACACUCUUACUUGUUAUGCUGUAAUUACAUAGUCGUUAUGUCUAUUUACUGUAUGCAGUUGUUAAGCUGGUAAUUGUGGGGGUCAGCUUACCUCUACCUUUACUUGAGUUGUGCCUGCCAUUGCCCGAUUUUGCCGGACUACUGUGCAGUUGGGCUAUUACUGCCACGUAGUUUCCUACAGAAUUACUCAAGCUUCUCUGUAAUUGGUGGCACAGUGGAGCCCAGGGUUCAUGUCUCAGGUUCUCCCAGUGUCUGUGUGGGCCUACUACCACAGUCCAAAGACAUGCAGAUUAGGUGAAUUGGUGAUCCUAAAU